AUGGCGAAUUGGUUAACGUUUGCUUUGUCACCAAUGGAGAUGAUGAAAUCACCUGACCAUCAUCAUCAUCCUCACUUCGUCUCUUACGACGAUUCUUCAACUCCUUACCUCAUCGACAACUUGUUUGUUUUGAAAGAAGAAGCUGAGACAUCAAUGGCGUCUUUCUUCGACUCGCAAACUCAUAUUCCAAAACUUGAAGACUUUCUCGGAGACUCUUCUUCUUCCUUUGUUCGUUUCUCCGAUAACCAACCAGAGACGCUAGACUCUUCUGCUUCUCUCUACGAGCCACGUCAUCAACACGGUUUCAAGGAGAUGGUAGAGGCAGGUUUUGAUAGUGUUUGCACUAAGGAAGGAGCUUUAUCUCUAGCGGUGAACAACAGUACUGAUCGUUGUUGCAAUAAUGGUGAGAGAGUCAAGAACGGUAAGAAGAAGACAGUUUCUAAAACAUCAACUGAUGAUUCGACAAAGAAGAAGGUUGCUGAAACAUUUGGACAACGAACUUCGAUUUACCGAGGAGUCACACGGCAUAGAUGGACGGGAAGAUACGAAGCGCAUCUAUGGGAUAACAGCUGUAGGAGGGAAGGUCAAGCCAGAAAAGGACGUCAGGUGUACUUAGGUGGAUAUGACAAAGAAGAUAGAGCAGCUAGAGCCUAUGACUUAGCUGCUUUAAAAUACUGGGGUCCUGCUGCUACUACAAAUUUUCAGAUGUCAACUUAUUCAAAAGAAUUGGAGGAAAUGAAUCACAUGACCAAGCAAGAGUUCAUUGCAUCCAUCAGGAGGAAGAGUAGCGGUUUCUCGAGAGGAGCAUCGAUAUAUAGAGGUGUCACAAGGCAUCAUCAACAAGGUCGCUGGCAAGCAAGAAUUGGCCGUGUUGCAGGAAACAAAGAUCUUUACCUUGGAACCUUCGCUACUGAAGAGGAAGCAGCAGAGGCUUAUGACAUAGCAGCUAUUAAGUUCAGAGGAAUCAACGCGGUGACUAACUUUGAGAUGAACCGUUAUGAUGUUGAAGCCAUCAUGAAAAGUUCUUUCCCUGUAGGAGGAACAUCUGUGAAACGACAUAAACUCCCUCUUCUUGAACCUCCUCCUCCUCCUCCUUCUGAUGAUCAUAACAUCCAACAACGUUUGCUUCCAUCUUCUUCUACUUCUUCACCGGACCUAGACCCUAACUCAAUCCCAUGUGGGAUUCCAUUUGAGUCUUCAGUUCUCUACCAUCCCCAGAAUUUCUUCCAGCAUUAUCCUGCAAUCCCUGAUCCUACAGUGCCUAUGAACCAAGCUGAUCCGUUUUUCAUGUGGUCUAACCAGUCUUACUAGAAUCAUAUGGUUAAAUGUUGGUUCAAGAACUAGAGCGGCUUAUCUUCUUGAUUUUGGCUAAUCUUACCAGAGAAGAUUAACAUGUUAGUGGUGCUAUCCCUUUCUUUUUGUUAACUGUAGGCUCUAGGAUGAAGCAGAGGGGAGAAAAGUUGAAGAAACAUAAACUUUUGGGGUUAGUUUUGUGUUAGUGUUAACUUGUCAGUGGUGGAAGUGGUAGUUGUUUCCUUGCUUAGAGGUGGUUUAUGGGUUUUAGUAUGCUUUUUUUUGUAUGUAAUCGGCGGAUAAC